CUCGCGCCCCGUGGUGUCGCCCUACUAGCUCAUCGAUAACUCGACGCUCGGCCUUAUCGACCUGUUCCGGCUCCACUAGCCGUCCUGGGCCGCGGCGGAGCGCAGAGCCGCCUGAAAGAUGCUCUGAUCUCUGGCCUCUGCGGGUCAGACCUACUGCCCUGUGUCGAUCCGAGUCCUUUCGGCAGCCACACCAUGAAUACGUCUCCAGGCACAGUGGGCAGUGACCCUGUCAUCUUGGCCACUGCAGGCUAUGACCACACGGUGCGGUUCUGGCAGGCCCACAGCGGGAUCUGUACGCGAACUGUGCAACACCAGGACUCGCAGGUGAACGCGCUGGAGAUCACACCUGACCGCACCAUGAUUGCAGCUGCAGGUUACCAGCACAUUCGCAUGUAUGACCUCAACUCCAAUAACCCCAACCCCAUCAUCAGCUACGACGGGGUCAACAAGAACAUUGCGUCGGUGGGCUUCCAUGAGGACGGCCGCUGGAUGUACACAGGCGGGGAGGACUGCACCGCCCGGAUCUGGGACCUCAGGUCCCGGAACCUGCAGUGUCAGCGAAUCUUCCAGGUGAACGCGCCCAUUAACUGUGUGUGCCUGCACCCCAACCAGGCAGAGCUCAUUGUGGGUGACCAGAGCGGUGCCAUCCACAUCUGGGACUUGAAAACCGACCACAACGAGCAGCUGAUCCCGGAGCCGGAGGUCUCCAUCACAUCCGCCCACAUCGACCCCGACGCCAGCUACAUGGCUGCUGUCAAUAGCACUGGGAACUGCUAUGUCUGGAACCUGACUGGAGGCAUUGGCGAUGAGGUGACACAGCUCAUCCCCAAGACUAAGAUCCCGGCGCACACCCGCUAUGCCCUGCAGUGCCGCUUCAGCCCCGAUUCCACGCUCCUCGCCACCUGCUCGGCUGACCAGACGUGCAAGAUCUGGAGGACGUCCAACUUCUCCCUGAUGACCGAGCUGAGCAUCAAGAGCAGCAACCCCGGAGAGUCGUCCCGGGGCUGGAUGUGGGGCUGUGCCUUCUCGGGGGACUCGCAGUACAUCGUCACCGCUUCCUCUGACAACCUGGCCCGGCUCUGGUGCGUGGAGACAGGCGAGAUCAAGAGAGAGUACGGCGGCCACCAGAAAGCCGUCGUGUGCUUGGCCUUCAAUGACAGCGUGCUGGGCUAGCUUUGUCCCUGGGCACUGCAGGCAGCCGUCCAGGUGGCACCAGCCAGGUGUGUCUGUCCAGCUGCUCAGGUCAGAGUGACACCCAUGGGCUGGCCACUUCAUUGGAGGCUCGCCAGACUGGACUGAGCAACCCUGGCUCCCCAGCUAGGCCGGUCCACUCUGGGACUUUCUCAGCCCUGGCUGCUUAUGUGGACGCAGCAGGGCUCUUUCCUUCAGAAACUCUGGACCCACAGGGCCUAGAGCCGCCGAGGGAAUCCGAGGCUGGUGCUCACCCCCAGCCGGGGCCUCCCUCGGCCCCUCCCUGGCCCUGUUUUGCGUCCCCAAGGCCACAGAGAACACUGUCACGGCCAGGUGGAGUGGUUUAUUAUCCCCGCCCGCCCUCCGUGGACUGGUGACAGGGUCGGCCAGGUGGCUGGCCUGUGUGGCCAGGCUGGGGCUCAGUCUGGGAGGUAAUAAAAGCAGACCGACACACA